AUGAAGAGUCUACGAAGGGAUUUUUCUUCCAAUCCGAAUGCUGCUAAUGUCGCUAGCAAAGUAUUCGUGAGGUCCACGAAAGGUGGAAAGGUGCAAAAGAUUGUUCGGGAGCUUUAUCUGCGACAAGACAUUCCUUGUUCUUCGCAGAUUUGCUCGAUAUGCCCUACAGUCGCCCCGGCUGAUGCCACUGGCACCGUUGCGCCAUUCGUCCUCUCCGAUCGUCCCGCCGGCACCAAAGCUUUCCCCCGUGGCCACUACAUUGUUCCCGACACAAAUGCGUUGCUCAAUGGAAUGGAUCUUUUUGAGCACACAGGUGCCUUCUAUGAUGUGAUCAUUCUUCAGACUGUUCUCGAAGAGCUUAGAAAUCAAUCUCUGCCGCUCUACAAUCGUCUACUCUCCCUCAUCAAGACCGAUGAAAAACGCUUUUACCUUUUCUUUAACGAGUUCCGACUCGAGACUCAUGUACGGAGAGGUCCUGAGGAAUCAGUCAAUGACCGUAAUGAUCGGGCUGUGCGAACAGUGGCAAGCUGGUACGGCAAGCAUCUACAGGCCUCCGCCAAGAAAGCGAAGACAAUUCCUACCAUUGUAGUCAUCACAGAUGACAAAGAGAACCUGCGCAAGUCAAAGGAAGAGAAUGUCACGGCUUUGUCGUUGUCCGACUACGUGUCUGGCUUGGAAGAGUCAGAUAAGUUGCUGGAUAUGAUUAGCGAAGCUCAAGCACGCGAUACAAAGGGUGGAGCUCGGGGAGAGCUAUUCUACCCCGAAUACUACACAGAAUCAAAAUGUAACACUGGAUUACGCGCGGGAACUCUUCACAAGGGAAUCUUCAAUGUCUCGCCUUACAACUACCUGGAAGGUUCAGUCAAGGUUGGGGCUUUCGAUAGGCCACUCCUCAUCCUGGGCCGUGACAAUGGUAAUCGUGCGAUUUCUGGGGAUACUGUUGUCAUUGAAAUUUUGCCAAAAGACCAAUGGAAAUCUCCCUCCACGAAAAUCGUUGAUGAGGAGGCGGUGACCGGAAAUGACAACCCGGACUCUGAGGAAUCAGAAGCCAUUAUUACUGAUAGGGAGCGCAACCUUCUGCAGGAAGCGGUCAAAAAAGCCCAUGGUAAAAGCUCAGAGGGCCCGCAGCCAACCGCUAAGGUUGUGAGUGUCUUCAAACGCAACUGGCGUCAAUACGUCGGACAUGUAGACUCGAACUCGGCCGGUGCUCAGGCUGCAUCGGGCCGACGUCAACAGGCCGUUUUCCUGUUGCCAAUGGAUAAGAAAAUCCCCAAAAUCAGAAUUCGCACCAGACAAGCUAGCGAUCUUGUAGGCCAACGCAUUCUUGUCACCAUCGAUUCUUGGGAACGUGAUUCUCGGUACCCCACCGGCCACUUCAUUCGGUCCCUCGGAGAACUGGAGACCAAGGGCGCAGAGACGGAAGCUCUUCUGUUGGAGUAUGAUGUGCAAUACAAGCCAUUCCCAAAGUCUGUUUUGAAUUGUCUGCCCUCAGAGGGCCACGGUUGGAAGGUUCCUGUUUCGAAGGAAGAUAAGGGCUGGAACGGCCGCAAGGACCUUCGUGAUCUGCUCAUUUGCAGUAUCGACCCUCCAGGCUGCCAGGAUAUUGACGAUGCUCUACAUGCGCGUCCCUUGCCCAAUGGUAACUUCGAAGUGGGUGUUCACAUUGCCGAUGUGUCGCACUUUGUGAAGCCGAAUAACGCCAUGGACCUUGAAGCCAGCCUUCGCGGAACCACUGUAUACUUGGUAGACAAGCGUAUUGAUAUGCUUCCAGCACUCCUGGGAACAGACUUGUGCUCCCUCAAGCCAUAUGUCGAGCGUUACGCAUUUUCAGUUCUCUGGGAAAUGACCCCCAAUGCUGAAAUUGUGUCAUCAAACUUUACUAAAUCUGUGAUUCGCUCACGCGACGCUUUCAGCUACGAAAAGGCACAGAUCCGUAUCGAUGAUGAUUCUCAGACUGACGAAUUGACCGAGAGCAUGCGCAGCCUGAUGCGCUUUUCUAAAAUUCUCCGUCAGAAGCGCUAUGAUGCCGGUGCAUUGAACCUUGCCUCGCCGGAAGUUCGCAUCGAGGCUGACGCUGAUGAAGUUGGUGAUCCCAUUAACGACGUCAAGACCAAGUCUAUGCUUGAUACCAACAGUUUGGUCGAGGAAUUUAUGCUUCUCGCCAACACCACCGUUGCAUCAAGAGUCUACGAAGCCUUUUCACAGACAGCUCUUCUUAGACGGCACGCAACUCCCCCGCCUCAGAACUUCGAAGAUCUCAUCAAGCAGCUAUCAAAGAAGCGUAACAUGGAACUCGAUGUUUCUAGCUCCGGUGCGCUUGCCAGCUCCUUGGACCGCUGUGUUGACACUAAGAACCCGUUCUUCAACACCCUUGUCCGUAUUUUGGCCACCCGGUGCAUGACUUCUGCCGAAUACUUCAGUGCGGGAGCCCAUGCCGAGUCUGAGUUCCGCCAUUACGGUCUGGCUUCCCCCAUCUACACUCACUUUACCUCGCCCAUCCGUCGAUACGCAGACUUACUCGUCCACCGACAGCUUGCCUCUGCUAUUGGCUACGAAGGUGAGGACGGACAUGCUGUCAUUGAGGGUGUUAACACUCGAAGCAAACUAGAGGACAUUUGCCGCAACAUCAAUUUCCGACACCGCAACGCCCAGUUUGCUGGACGUGCUAGUAUUGAAUACUACGUUGGUCAAGCUCUCAAAGCUCGUGGUGAGAACCUGGCUGCCGGCGGUACUGAUACUGGCAUUGACGAGGAGGGCUACAUUAUGCGAGUCUUCGAGAACGGUGUUGUAGUCUUCGUUCCCCGCUUUGGUAUUGAGGGUGUUGUUCGUCUGGAGGACUUCGUUCUGCCUGGUGAAUCCGGCGCGGGCACUGUUGCAGAGAGACGGGAGCUGGCGGUGCACCGCACCACCGAUUUUGAUCCUGAGGAGUACACUCUUCGUGUCGAAGAGAAGAACCAUAAGGAGCGUGGUGUGACUGUCGAACUUUUCCAGAAGGUCAAGGUGAACGUUAGCUCUGUCAAGGAGGAAGGUCGCGGUGCUGGCAAGCGAAGAGUUCGUACCUUGAUAACUUCCUCGGCGGAAUAG